CAUAUUGUUAAAAAUCAUGCAGCUUCUCCAUGAAAUUAUUCUUUGCUUAACCAAAACUUUAUUAUCUUUUAUCAAUUUCAUUCUUAAGUACAACUUCUUUGCUUCAAAAUCAAAUUUCCAAUUGCUUCUGAUAGAUAUUCACAUAGCUGCACUUACUUGUGGCAAAUAAACAACAGAAAGAAAAGGAUAUGAAACUGAUAGUAGAGGUUAUUAAUGCUCAUGAUCUUAUGCCAAAAGAUGGUGAAGGAUCAGCAAGUACCUUUGUUGAAGUAGACUUUGAAAACCAAUUAAGCAGAACAAGAACUGUCCCAAAAAAUCUCAACCCUACUUGGAAUCAAAAACUUGUCUUUAAUUUAGAUACUACCAAACCUUACCAUCACAAAACUAUUGAAGUCUCCGUCUACAACGAUAGGAGACAACCGAACCCUGGCCGAAACUUCCUUGGAAGGGUAAGAAUUCCUUGCUCAAAUAUUGUUAAAGAAGGUGAUGAAGUGUAUCAGAUUUUACCACUAGAAAAUAAGUGGUUUUUUUCAUCUGUUAAGGGUGAGAUUGGCCUAAAAGUUUACAUUGCAUCAGAGUCCAAAUCUAAAGAUUUUUCUCCCAUUUCCUCAUCAAAACUAGCAAAACUCUCACCUUCUACUCCUAAACAAGAACCAGAAUCCACUGCUACUAACCUUGUUCCUCUCCACGGUACUCCAUCAACCACUGAAACAUUAGAAGCUGAUCCUAACGAAGAAGGUUCUGCACUUGAUGCCUCAAAAGAAACAACAGAAGUUGAAAAAGUACAUUUUGUUGCUGCAUCCAAUUACUCCAUUGAAGAAUCUCAGUCUAGUAGCAUUGAUAUUGAUCAAGAGCCAAAGAUAGAGAUCGAAGAACCUGUUGAACAGAUAUCUUCUCAAAAACUUGACAAACAUCAAGUUCAUCAGCAACCAAGGAUUUCAAUAAAGAAAAGACCACAAGAUAAUCUAUUCACAAUGCACUCAGUUGAUCCGCAACUUCAAUCUAGCCGUGCCGAAAACUAUAAUCACAGCAAUGAUGGCAACAUGCAGCCAAGGAUUUCAAUCAAGAGACGACCGCGACCGCAAGGUAUUCCUCCAUCAACGACACACUCGGUUAAUCCACAAGUCCAUCCUAGGUAUGAUGAAAGAUACAAUCUCAAGGGACCCAAUCAACAACCAAGGAUUUUAGUAGAGACACCUCGGCAUGUUUCUUCACCCCCAAGGCACUGUGAAGAUCCGCAAGGUAUUCCUUCAUCAACAACAUACUCAGUUAAUCCACAAGUCCAUUCUAGGUAUGAUGGAAGAUACAAUCUCAAGGGAACCAACCAACAACCAAGGAUUUUAGUAGAGACACCUCGACAUGUUACUUCACCUCCAAGGCAUGGUGUAGAUCCGCAAGUCAACACUAGCAAUGAUGAAAACUACAGUGUCGAGGAAACUACUAAUCCACAGAUUGGUGAAAAAUGGCCCAGUGAUGGAGCUUAUGAUGGAAGAAAAUGGACGAGUAGUGGUGAAAGACUCACCAGCACACAUGACCUUGUUGAACAGAUGUUUUAUCUCUACGUUCGCGUAGUGAAAGCAAAGGAUCUUCCUCCAGGAACAAUCACUUCAAGCUGUGAUCCUUAUGUGGAAGUAAAGCUAGGGAACUAUAGAGGAAGAACAAAGCAUUUGGAGAAGAAAUUGAAUCCAGAGUGGAACCAAGUAUUUGCUUUCUCCAAAGACCGGAUUCAAUCUUCGGUUCUCGAAGUCUUUGUCAAAGAUAAAGAAAUGGUAGGAAGAGAUGAUUAUCUAGGAAGAGUGAUCUUCGACCUCAAUGAGAUUCCAACAAGAGUUCCACCAGAUAGUCCACUGGCUCCUCAGUGGUACAGACUCCAACACUUGCGAGGCGAAGGUAUGGUGAGAGGCGACAUUAUGCUUGCAGUUUGGAUGGGAACACAAGCUGAUGAAGCUUUCUCAGAUGCUUGGCAUUCUGAUGCUGCUACUGUCUACGGUGAAGGUGUUUUCAACAUCAGAUCAAAGGUUUAUGUGUCUCCAAAACUAUGGUAUUUAAGAGUCAAUGUCAUUGAAGCACAAGAUGUUAUCCCGAGCGACAGAAACCGCUUACCGGAGGUUUCUGUGAAGGCUCAUUUGGGCUGCCAAGUACUGAAGACCAAGAUUUGUUCCACUAGAACAACUUCUCCACUUUGGAAUGAAGAUUUGGUUUUUGUAGCAGCUGAACCAUUUGAGGAGCAGUUGACAAUAACUGUGGAGGAUCAUGUGCAACCUUCAAAAGAUGAGGUACUUGGGAGGAUAAGCUUACCUUUGAACCUCUUUGAGAAGAGACUAGACCACAGACCGGUUCAUUCUCGUUGGUUUAGCCUUGAGAAAUUUGGUUUUGGUGCACUUGAAGGUGAUAGAAGAAAUGAGCAGAAAUUUUCAAGUAGGAUUCAUCUUAGAGUUUGCCUUGAAGGUGGAUACCAUGUUUUAGAUGAAUCCACUUUGUACAUUAGUGAUCAAAGACCAACAGCAAGACAGCUAUGGAAGCAGCCUAUUGGAAUACUUGAGAUGGGCAUCUUAGGAGCAAAAGGGCUUCUCCCUAUGAAGAUGAAGGAUGGUCAUGGUAGCACAGAUGCAUACUGUGUUGCUAAAUAUGGUCAGAAAUGGAUCAGAACAAGAACACUUUUAGACACUUUCAGUCCCAAAUGGAAUGAGCAAUACACAUGGGAAGUUUAUGAUCCUUGCACUGUCAUAACACUAGGUGUUUUUGACAAUUGUCAUUUAGGUGAAAAAGCUCCCAGUGGAAGUUCAAUUAAAGAUUCAAGAAUUGGAAAGGUAAGGAUUAGGCUAUCAACACUUGAAGCCAAUAAAAUUUACACCAAUUCUUAUCCACUUCUUGUUUUACACCAACAUGGAGUUAAGAAAAUGGGUGAGCUUCAACUCACAGUGAGGUUCACUGCACUCUCACUAGCUAACAUGUUUCAUAUUUAUGGCCAACCUUUACUCCCAAAGAUGCAUUAUUUACAACCUUUCACAGUUAAUCAAAUUGACAACUUAAGGUACCAAGCAAUGAAUAUUGUUGCAAUGAGGCUUGGUAGAGCUGAACCGCCACUCAGGAAGGAAAUUGUUGAGUACAUGCUGGAUGUUGAUUCCAAUAUAUGGAGCAUGAGAAGAAGCAAAGCUAACUUCUUUCGUGUGAUGUCCCUUUUCUCCGGUUUGAUCACAAUCGGAAGAUGGUUCAAUGAUGUUUGUCACUGGAAGAAUCACAUUACAUCAAUACUAGUUCACAUCCUCUUUUUGAUAUUGGUAUGGUAUCCAGAAUUGAUACUACCAACAUGUUUUCUCUACAUGUUCUUGAUUGGCUUAUGGAACUAUCGGUUUCGUCCGAGACAACCACCUCACAUGGAUACUAAACUCUCAUGGGCAGAGUCUGUUCAUCCAGAUGAACUUGACGAAGAGUUUGACACAUUUCCAACAUCAAGGUCACAUGAUGCAGUGAGAAUGAGGUACGAUAGACUUAGAACCGUUGCAGGUAGGAUUCAAACAAUUGUUGGCGACAUAGCUACACAAGGGGAGAGGUUUAUGUCUCUACUGAGCUGGAGAGACCCUAGAGGAACUACACUGUUUGUGUUGUUUAGCCUUUGUGCAGCUGUGAUUUUCUAUGCAACACCAUUUAGAGUUGUGGUUUUGGUGACAGGUUUGUAUAAUUUGAGACAUCCAAAGUUUAGGAACAAACUACCUUCUGUUCCGAGUAAUUUCUUCAAGAGGCUCCCUGCUAGAACAGAUAGUUUACUGUAAAUCUGUUGUUUUACAAAUAAUAAUAAUAUCAUUUCAAUGAUCUGUGUUGUAUACAUAUAGUAGCAGUUUGAAGUUAUUUUUUAAGAACGCAA